GGUCACGAGAACAAAACAACAUCCUCCACCCUCAUCCUGACUGGAAGGAUGAACUUUUUCUGGAUUAGUACUUAUCAUUAGAUAAAUUAGAUUAGUGUUAGGGUAGUUGUGGUAUCACAAACACGCUUACAACUUAGCAAAUGCAACAAGAUCGUAGUUGCACUUAAAAAUAGAAUAAAUAGAAUAACAAAGAAACGACCAAGCUAUAUUAUACACUAUCCAGUAUUCGCUAUAUUUACUUUAAAUUUAAAAGUUUUACUGUAAGCGUGGAUGAUUUCAAGUCGGAUGACUGAAAUGUGAUUACGAAAAAUGAGAUUUCACCAUUUUCAGGAGUGAAAAUAGCCUAUUCUCAUUGAUUAGAUCAAAUGCCCCAGUCACUCGUCAAAAUAUCGUAUUGUAUAUUAUCCUUUAGUGUUUAAUGAUAAUUAUACUAAUCGGAACCUGCAUUAAAUAACCAAACUAGACGGGGCUCUACUAUACGGAUCUACGCGUGGAUUGAAAAUGUUAAAUUUGGAUUUAUUAUUCUAACUGCAUUGUGGAGCACAAAUUAAACCUCUCGUGAUCACUAUUCUUCAAGACCACCUCUAUCUUUUACAAUGCAUCGAGCUAUUGGAAGAGUUUUUGGACGGACUUGUCGUAAAUGGCGAGAAAACGACUGCCCCAUUGUCAGUGGGGAAGAGGUUCGAAAAGGUGGACAGAAGAAAGAGGAAAAGUUUGUGCCUGAUCAGAAAUACAGCUUGUGCGACGCUCUUGGAUGGACUGCGGGUUUAGUGGUUGCAUACGAAUUAACACAUGGAAGAACGCGGCGUCUGGCAAUUGAAGAGCAUCCCAGGCAAUCCAUACUUGAGAGUCUUGGAAGUGGUAAAAAUGAAAACUCUAAAUGUCCAUUCUCGUGGCCCAGGACGGCAAUUACGCAACCUAUUCUCACCCAAUCAGUGUUUGAAAUAAAUUCCUACCCUCCAAUACACCAGAAAGGAUCAAUUGAUCUAACUCCCUUCAUAAAGGAAGACAGGUUCUUAGAGUCUGGACUAGAUGGAUGUUUGUACCAAAGAGACGAGGAGGAGGAGGUUGUUCAGUUCAUUAAACCGAAAGACACAAAGCGAAAUCAGACUUACAAGCUUACCCCGACCACCCGUCUCCAAUCAUCAAUUCCAUUAACAACAAAGCAUAGUAUAGAUUCCGACUCGGACGACGAUUCGCCAAAACUUAAUAUAAGCGACAGGCUAACGGGAGAUUUUCUGAGCAUGUUGGGGGCAUUCAAAUUCCUUAGUAAUGAAGCCAAAGGUGUCAAACCAAAUAAGGCUGGAUCCCACAUUGACCCCAUGGCCAUGUCAUCCGAUGAACCACCAUUGAGUGCAAUGGAUCUUAUGGAAAAGGGAGCAGAAUUCGGAAGUGCACGAGCUCUGUACAAUAUUGGCGUCGCAUAUGACCGAAUGCAAGAAAACAAGUUGGCCAGAGAGUAUUAUUCAAAAGCAUCUGAUCUAGGACACCCACUCGCUACUUAUAACUGUGCAGUUUUCCUUCUAAAGGACGGUGACAUAACAGGUGGAUUAUCCAUGAUGCAAGUUGCAGCUGAAAAUGGGGUGCCUGAAGCAAGGAAAAUUUUGUCCAAGAAUAAAACUGCAUAGACAUUGGCACAGUUUUCAUAAUUAUUAUAAUGAUUUCUUCACAAUCAAUUUUAUAGAAUAGUCAAUAUAAUGUACAACCUCCUAAUGAACUCUAAGAUGAUAUGCAUGUAAACGAAUUACAAUAGAAAUCGCAAAAUUAUUACGAUAAACUAUACUAUAUUUGUAUUAAAUAUUGUAUCCCUUCAUAAUUUUUCUGUCCACUUCCCCCGAUAUAGUUUCUUACCGAGUCUUACUCUAGUGAUUGUUACUUAAUACUAAUUCUAAAAUUCCGUAUGCAAAAUAGUACUUCAUGCAUGCACAGCCAGAACUGAACCACCAGUAGUACAUAAGUAUAUUCUGACAAAAUCUAUAUUGAAUUAAACGAUUCCUACUAUUAUAAUUAAAGUAUGACAAGAAAUAGUAAAUAAAUAAAUGAAAGCCUAAGCUGUUCAUAACGUACA